UGGAAGACAUAGGGCUUGUUUUACAUUGCAGCCGACAGUGCAGGCAACCUUGCAUCAUAAAUAACUAUUAUUUGUCAGUCAAAGUUUACCGAUAUACAUUAUGGUUUUGAUUCUAACACGGCCAUACAUUCAAGGCUGGUGAUAGAUUCAUAAUAGGCAGUCCAUCUAACAAAACACAGGCUAUACCAAGUGAAAAGAGUGGUUUGAAGUUUAUUUUCCCAUUAGGAUUAAUUGUAGAUGAACUAUUGAUAGAACCUAUACUGGGUUAAUUGAGGACAAGCUUUCAGACAAUGAACUAAAUAGUAAUGGAAGCUGUAUACAGAUCAUCAUUGCGCAGCAUGUCACUGACAUCAAGCCUCCCAAAAUGUCUGAUAAUCCUUCAUGGUGCGGCUAUAGGCAUAGAUUUGGAUGUUUUCAUUUAUAUUGUAACAUACGAUAUAACGGACGAUGUAUGACAAAAAAAUGCACUAGGCGACAAUUCUUUUCAGCCAAUUCGACUAAUUCGUACCAGCAAUGAAUACGGCGGUAUUCUACCAUGUGCAGCAGCCAGUGCAUUAAACGCAGGUUGCGUCCGGUAAAUCAGAUUAUUGGACGGUAAAAGGCUGGCUAUGGUAAAAUGGAUUGUGACGUGAUGGUUUAAAAUCCCGGGGGAGGGUGAGCAUCGCAUGUCCUCGCUCACGGUAAAGCAUGGCUCCUCAAAUAUCACCCUAGUGAGGCGUGAACCAGCACGAGCGGUAACAUGGCCACCUAUCACCAGAUACCAGAUGAUGAGAAGGGGUAUGAGUUGGACCUCUUCUGUGUCCCCAAACACUAUGAGGAGGAUUUAGACCGGGUCAUCAUCCCUCAUGGACUGAUCAUGGACAGGACUGAGCGCCUGGCUCGUGAUAUAGUCCGGGACAUGGGGGGACACCAUAUAGUAGCACUGUGUGUUCUCAAAGGAGGUUAUAAAUUCUUUUCCGACCUGCUGGACUAUAUCAAGGCCCUAAAUCAGAACUGCGAUAAGUCUGUCCCGUUGACUGUGGAUUUCAUUAGACUAAAGAGCUAUUGUAAUGACCAGUCUACAAACAGUGUCAAAGUUAUUGGAGGGGAUGAGCUCUCUACUCUAACGGGGAAGAAUGUUUUGAUAGUUGAGGACAUUGUGGAGACUGGGAGGACUAUGGAGACACUGCUAUCACUGCUGAGUGAAUGCAAUCCAAAGAUGGUCAAAGUGGUCAGCCUUCUAGUUAAGAGAACGCCAAGGGGUUCAGGAUACAGACCAGACUACAUGGGGUUUGAGGUACCUGAUUGGUUCCUGGUGGGAUAUGCCCUGGACUACAACGAGUACUUCAGAGAUCUCGGUCACAUCUGUAUACUGAACGAGAAAGCAAAGGUGAAGUACAAAGUGUGAGUUGAAGAGGAGGCAAUGGACAGAUGGAUGAACCACUUUGGAUGAAACACUAGGACAAUUUAGAUUUUUGGGGUUCUGAACCAAAUGUUUAUUUAUUUAUUUUUUACUCAUGGAUCCUACUUACAUACUUAAUAGAGCCCCCCGGUGGUGUCAUAAUACCUAUAUAAUCUAGAGGUCAAUCAGAUAAAUGGUUCCAAUCGGUUUUCCACCAUUUUUCCCAUAGGGAAUUUUAGAAAGAAUUAAAAUAAGGGCUGUGUUUCGUGUUGGCUCACCCCGGCGCGACGUUUAGACAACGUUUGGAACCACUUUUGUUGUUUGACCGCUGGAUUUAAUGGGUAUUAUGACUCAUACAUUGGUGUUCUAUGUGAACACAUGGAUUGUGAAUUCACUUUGCAAGAUGCUCUUUGAGAACAUUGUUAUUUCUUAUUUUCAAAAUGAUUGUUGCCCUGGAAGGAGUGGGAUGAGUAAUGUGUUUUUAAGUAGAGGAGGACUCGUGUAAAGAUGGUUAUGGGAGAUAUUACACUAUUAUAAUUUCAAUUUAUUUUAUAUAUUAUCUUGGGGCCUUGAAGGCCUCUUAGUCUGAUUACGUUAGUAAUAGUGAACAGUGGCGACCUGUCAUUCAGGGUAGGUGUGGCAGAGCCCCACCUGUUUUGAGCCCCACCUGUUUUUAGGGGGGAUUGCCUGUUUUGCAUGUUAUUUUGUCAUUGAUACGUGUCACAUCAGUUUGUAAACAAUGUAAAAAA